CACCACUUCACGACGACAUUGCGUCUGGGGAUCAUGCGCCUGCGCACCGCUUGGCGGUCAGCGGCGAAGCAACUUUUGACCGGCAAUCCUGAGGUCAUGGAUGAUCCUUUCGUAUUUAUUUGAUAUUUCAAGGCUGCGUCCCCGAGCGAAGGCAGUAUUUACACAAGCUAGGCCUCUGCACCACGUCGAAGAACCAAACGCGAUUCUAACAAUUUACGACCUUCAUCUUCUAUCAUUAGAUAUCGAGCUACAUCUCGCACAAGCAGACCCUCGCAGCCCUUGCAUCCUUCGCUACACCACCGAACUACCCCAGUCCACCUCUCCAUCCACAAUGAAGUUCGCCUCCGCAACCGCGCUCCUCUUCGCGACCCUCGCUCUCGCAAACCCAUCCCCCAACCAGCCAGAAUCCCGCAACCAACUCAGCGACAAACUCGGCGCACGCGCCGACGCACCUGCCCUCGCACCCGCCGCCGCUGGAAUCCGCCUCGACGCUCGCGCCAAGAAGCCCAAGCCGAAGACCGGCAGCGGGAACGACACCGACAACGCCGUGGCGAUGCUCUCACCGAGUCGCACGCUGGAGCUCGGUGCGCUGGGGCUGGGCAUUAUAGAGAUUGUGAGGCUGUGGGGUUAAUUGGUAUGGUGGAUGAUGCAGGAUUGGAUACCACAAAA